ACCACACUUGUUACAUUGUUGAAGUUUCAUCUUCAAAUUACAUUGUGAGAUACACAAGGCAUCAACAACAGUAAAGAAGAAGAAGAUGUCAGUCUCAAAUGAUCCAUUAGUGAUAUCAUUUGGUGAGAUGCUGAUAGAUUUUGUUCCUGACAAAUCUGGUGUAUCCUUGGCUGAGUCUUAUGCUUUCAUCAAAGCACCUGGUGGUGCCCCUGCCAAUGUGGCUUGUGCUGUAUCAAAACUUGGUGGCAAUGCUGCCUUCAUUGGCAAGGUAGGGGACGACGAGUUUGGAAAGAUGUUAGCUGACAUCUUGAAGAAAAAUGGGGUGAAUACAAAUGGUGUUAGUUUUGACAAAGAGGCUAGAACUGCAUUGGCUUUUGUGACAUUGAGAAGCGACGGAGAGAGGGAGUUCAUGUUUUACAGAAAUCCUAGUGCAGAUAUGUUACUGAAAGAAUCUGAUUUGAAAAUGGAUUUGAUUAAGCAAGCAAAGAUAUUUCAUUAUGGAUCUAUUAGUCUUAUUUCUGAGCCAUGCAGAUCUGCUCACAUGGCUGCCAUGAAAGCUGCUAGAGAAGCUGGUGCUUUAUUGUCCUAUGAUCCAAAUGUGAGGCUUCCUUUGUGGCCUUCUGCUGAGGCUGCUAGGUCUGGAAUCAAAAGUAUUUGGAAUGAGGCUGAUUUUAUUAAGGUGAGUGAUGAUGAAGUUGAAUUUCUUACACAAAAAGAUCCUCAGAAUGAAGAGGCUGUUAUGUCUCUAUGGCAUGACAAGUUGAAGUUGCUUCUUGUUACUGAUGGAGAGAAGGGUUGCAGAUAUAUCACUAAGAAAUUUAAAGGAAAGGUAGGUGGAUUUUCGGUGAAGGCAGUUGACACGACUGGUGCUGGUGAUUCAUUUGUUGGUGCAGUUCUCAAAGCCGCGGCCAAAGACCCUUCCAUAUUUGAUGAUGAACCAAAAUUGAAAGAGGCUUUGUUAUUUGCAAAUGCUUGUGGAGCAAUGUGUACAACACAGAAAGGAGCCAUUCCUGCACUUCCAACUACUGAAGAGGCUCAGAAAUUCAUGUCCAGCAAUAAACCCAAUUAAAUUUUCCUCUAAAAUUUGAUGAUAGUCCAAAGGCCUAGCUAUAUUCAUUCUCAUUUGUGAGUUUUUCCUUUAAUAAAGUGUUGUUUAUGAAUAAUAAACAACUAUUUUUUGUUUCUUAAAGAAAGAAUAUGAAUGUAGUUUAUGUUAUUAAUUUUCUUAUAUUAAUAGUAGAAGUGGCGAAGAGUCAAGACAACAUUGAACGAGAA